AUGGAGAAGAAACGGGCCCCGCAUACUGGAUGUCUGCCCUACUGGGUGGAGGUCUGGCUCGUCGUAUCGGCGUUCAUAUGUCUCAUCGAUGUUCUGUUCACCAUGCUGCGACCGUACACAACAGAAGGCAUUCUAUCAGGAGUUUAUUUCGCAUGGAAUCUCUAUGCAAGUGUGGACGUACGCUAUGCGGACCCAAAGGACAUCGUAACCUGCGCUACAGGGCGUAUAAUGCUUAUUGAGAUAGCUAUGAAUCUAGUCGCUGUGUAUUUGUCCCGACGACGGUCACGACAUGCUCUAGUCACUGCUUUUACAACUACCGCUUUUGUAUUUUGGAAGACGUUAUGGUACUUUACUCUCUAUAUUGCUCCCCCACCAGGCAAUGAACCCUACUUCACAGAAGACAGCACCUAUCUCGAUAUUUUUCUAAUUUUCUGGAUUCCUAACGGAUUUUGGGUUCUUGUACCUUUCGUCGUUAUGAUCUCAUUAUGGAAUAAAUUGGCAGUCCCCGUAGAGAAAAACUAUGAGGCAGUAGGAACAGCGUAA